UGGCAAUGCCAGCCUGUCUAUAAGGAUAAUACUACUCCCCCGGGUUAUUGAGAUCGUCCAUCGCCCCCUCCAGAUGUCGCGAUAAGUGUUUGGAAUCCUGAUCACCUCUGCGCCAGGAGACAUUGAUGGUCCAGAUCCCCGGGAUACACAGGUAGGAUGGCGGCGGCGGAGUUCAUCAAGAGCUGCUGUAAAGGAUGCUUCCAGGGCGACAGCAAGAGCGCCUUGUCAGAUGCAGGACGCAUUGAAGGAACCCGGAGAGGCUCCCAUAUUGUGGAUCUCCCCCCAAUGUCGGCCGUCUCCAUUAAAAGGCAGGUGGGGUGCACGGAGGAUUAUCUACUGUCCAAGCUGCCGGCGGACGGGAGGGACGUGCCAUUCGUUGUGCCAACAUUUAAGCCCUCCUAUAUUCAGCCAAGAACAGUGACCAGUCCGACACACAUGGAGGGCGUGAAAGGAUCUGCGAGGGCCACAUUUACCGACAGGAAGUCUGAACUUUCCACUAUGUAUCUGCAAGGACCCAAUUACGAUGUGGUUUAUAAUCCGGGCUACGUCCUGCAGCACAUCUCGCCUGACCUAAACCGGCGGGCGACUCUUAACCAGAAUAACGCCAGGCUGUACGGUUCAGUCUGUGACCUUCGAAAUAUCAAAACCAGCGACAAUACAGGUCUGAGCACCUCCAUGUAUGACCUCGGCAGCUAUAUCCAGAGAUACGAUUCUAUCUCCAGUAUUCGGAGCAGUAAUUCCUCCAGAAAGGACUCGCAGGGGAGCAACCGCAGCCUAGACACAAUAACAUUGUCGGGGGACGAGCGCGAGUUCGGGAGGUUACAUUUCAGACUGCGGUACGUGACAGCGGUGGAGCAGAUCUGGAUCACAGUGUUACAACUGAAGGAUCUGUACUGGCCGGCGAGCUGCGGGGAUUCCCCGAAUAUCUAUAUUAAAGGAAUAAUUACCCUCCCCAAACCCAUCCAGUUCAAGUCCUCUCCUAAGGAAGCCGCUCUGGACGUAGAAUUCAUGGAAACCUUUGUGUUCGCCAUAAAAUUACAAAGUCUUCAGAACGUGCGGCUGGUGUUUAAGGUGCUGAGCCUGACGCCGCGGAAGAGGACCAUCAGCAAGUGCUCCAUAUCCCUGCGGGACCUGAGCGAGGAGGAGACCGAGCACUAUCUGGACGUGGCGCCAUCUUCAAAACUGCCGGCCUGUCAAGCGGAGCUCCUGAUCGGGACGUGUUUCCAGGCAAUAAAUAGCAGGAUCCAGUUACAAAUCCUCAAGGCUCAGAACCUGCCAAGCUCAUCCACACCGCUCGCCAUAAAUUUCUUUGUGAAGGUGGAGAUGUUCAGCACGGAGGGCGUGCUAUACAAGAAGAAAACGCGACCGCUAAAGAUAUCAAAUUCCCAGGUGAACUGGGGGGAGACCAUGAUUUUCCCGGUGACGCAGAAAGAGGAGGGAAUAAACUUCCUGAUCAAGUUGUACAGUCGCAGUUCAGUCCGACGGAAACAUUUCAUCGGACAGGUUUGGAUCAGCAGCGACAGUAACAGCAGCGAAGCCGCAAAUCAAUGGACGGACACAAUAAGCCACCCAGAGAAAGUGGUGACAAAGUGGCAUAAACUGAACAACCUGACUUAGUGGAUCCCUGCAGACCGGGCAAAGACUAUGUAUAAAGACUGUAUGAUGGGUCCUGCCCCCUGCACAUAGCAAUGGAUGCCGCCUGGAAACAAGGGACGGACAUACAGGCCGCAGCGGUGAAUACCUCAUCUGAACACAUCAUGAAAAAUUGUAUUUUAUUAUUGUGAUAUUAUUGUGAUAUUAUUGUGAUAUUACUGUUAAUGAAUGUAAAUCAGUCUUCCCCAAUCUGUGGCUCUCCAGCUGUUGCAAAACUACCACUGCCAUCCAGGGCUGGUGCAAGGAUUUUGCCACCCUAGGCAAAAGCGAAUUUUGCCGCCCCCUUGACUCCACCCAUUUGCCCACCCUUUAAAACGCCCCAUCUUACUACUGGGGUGACACACUGUAACAAACCUCCUCCUCAUGUAAUCUCCUUACUACUAGGGUGA